AUGGCGGAUUCCAAUGAAGCAGUUCACAACGCCCUGAAACGAAAGCCAGAACACGAUGAAGCCCCUCCAAUUCUCCACAAUGUCGCAGCAAACGCGUCUCCGGGUACUGAGUCUUUUGACACACAAGACCCCCAACAGCUAGGAAACGACCAACAAAAAAAGCGAAAGACAGACCAGGGAAAAAAUUCGUCCUCAAAUGGGAAAUCCAAGGCUCCGAAGAAGAGAACCCCGUCCGCACCAUGGCCGGAUGUCUUUAAGCAACUUUCGCAGACACAUCGUGCCUUGAAUUUGGUGUAUACCUUCUGCUGUACGCGCAAGCACUUUGCGACCACAUUCGACAACAUCAGAAAGGCAGUCCAGGCCCAACUUGGCAAAGGGAAAGACCUUACCGUUGAAGAUGUGGCUAGAGUCAAGGCGAUAGUCCCACAGGCAGUGCGCUUCGAAUACGUCGACGAAGCAAGCCUUGAGGUCAUGACGGUCGGUGAUAGAGAGACGGUUGAAUAUGGGUUGCAUAAGCGCCACGGCUCCCUCAUUGCAGAUGAUCUCGCUAGCUCGGAUGCCUUCCAGAAUCAUGAGUUUGGGAGGAACGUUUUGCUAUUCGAAUUUGUGGACGGAGAUCUAAAGCGAGAAGUCCAGCAUCCGAAAACUGGCGAGCCGUCAAAACCAGUUCGCCGGAUGAAAGAUGAAGAUCUGAAAAUGCCGGUUUACAGCCAGAAGCAAAUGCUUGCUCUGAUUGAAAAGCGCAACACGAAAUUUUCCGACGCCAUUGACGCAUUCCUCGUUCGAUGUGAAGACAAAGGUAUAGAUCCCGUUCUGAUACUCGAAGAUGAGAAAAAUGCCCUUCUGCCAACGCCUGGGGGUAGCAGUGGGAAUGCUCCUGCAGCAUCAACGACUCCAGCCACCAUACCGAAGGAGCGCAAGUCCAUCGCGGAAAUCAUCGCUGAAAUACGGGAGAUGGAGUGGUAUCAUGCUCAGAUUGUGCCGGAAGGUCAUCGUGUAUUCGAUGCCCAGUCGCCUGUUUUCGGUGAUUUGAAUUUCCAGCUUUCGCAGGACAUGGUCAAUGCCCUCUACAAUACGAGGGGCAUCACCCAGCUCUACUCUCAUCAAGCAGAGGCUAUCAAUCAUUUGUAUGAUGGCCACAAUGUCAUUGUUUCCACCUCGACAAGCUCUGGAAAGUCACUGAUCUACCAAAUCCCAAUGCUACACGAAUUAGAAAAAGACCUUGACAGCAGGGGUAUGUACAUUUUCCCCACAAAGGCACUGGCUCAAGAUCAGCGGCGCAGCAUGACCGAUUUACUGCAAUACAUGACUGGUUUGCAACAUACGAUGGUUGAAACGUUUGACGGAGACACACCCAUGAGCAGUCGUGACCUUAUCCGUGACGAGGCGCGGAUCAUUUUCACCAACCCGGAUAUGCUACACAUCACCAUCUUACCACAAGAAAGCACCUGGCGCACUUUCUUGAAGAACCUCAAGUUUGUUGUGGUAGAUGAACUGCAUGUUUACAACGGACUGUUCGGCUCGCACGUUGCUUUCAUCAUGCGACGCCUUCGCAGGAUAUGUGCGGCGGUGGGCAACCGACAUGUCAAGUUUAUUUCCUGCUCUGCCACAGUUGCGAAUCCCGAGAACCACAUGAAAGCUAUAUUCGGCGUGGAAGAUGUGAAAUUAAUUGACUUCGAUGGAUCUCCCUCCGGUCGCAAAGAGUUCCUAUGCUGGAACACGCCAUUCAAAGACCCGACAGACCCGACCUCAGGACGUGGUGAUAGCGUUACUGAGACAGCGAGAUUGUUUUGCCAGCUUGUUCUUCGAGGCGUCAGGGUGAUUGCAUUUUGCCGAAUCAGACACCUUUGCGAAGUCCUCUUGCAGGCUGUACGCAACGAAUUCCGAGCUCUUGAAAGAACAGAGGUUGGCAAAAUGGUCAUGGGGUAUCGAGGUGGUUAUAGCCCCCAAGAUCGCCGCCGCAUCGAGAAGGAAAUGUUCGAAGGAAAACUCAUGGGUAUCGUGGCAACUAAUGCCUUGGAAUUAGGCGUUGACAUUGGCUCCCUUGAUGCAGUUAUUACCAUGGGCUUUCCUUACUCAAUCUCCAACCUGCGCCAGCAAAGUGGUCGAGCCGGACGACGCAACAAGGAUUCCUUGUCUGUGCUUGUUGGAGACAGAUACCCAACGGACCAGCAUUAUAUGCAAAACCCAGAUGAAAUUUUCACUCGACCAAAUUGCGAGUUGCAAAUUGAUCUGGCCAACGAGCUAAUCCAAGAAGGCCAUGUGCAGUGCGCGGCAUUCGAAAUGCCCAUCCGUCCGGAUGAGGAUUGCAUUUACUUUGGCCAGCAGCUUUUUGCCCUCGCAGCCACGCGGUUAACUAAGGAUAGUAUGGGAUUCUAUCAUUGCCAUGAACGAUUCCGUCCUCAUCCUUCGCGAUGCGUUUCAAUCCGUGACACAGAAGACCAGCACUUUGCGGUAAUAGACACCACCAAUAACCGCAACGUCGUUCUCGAGGAAGUAGAAGCCUCCCGCGCCUUUUUCACCAUCUAUGAGGGCGGUAUAUUCCUUCACCAAGGUCAAACCUACCUUGUCAAAGAACUCAAUACCGAAAAGUUUCUCGCUCGCGUCCUUCGUGUCAAUGUAGACUGGAGCACGAUGCAGCGUGAUUUCACCGACAUCGACCCCAUCGAGACAGAAACCAUGCGACUAGUUAGCACCGACACCUCCGGAUCUCGCGCGUUUUUCGGCGCAGUUCAGAUCCACGCUGUAGUCUACGGAUUCUUCAAAGUCGACAAACGAGGCCGCAUCCUCGACGCAGUCGCCGUCGACAAUCCACCCAUCGAUAUCUUCACCAAGGGAAUGUGGCUCGAUGUGCCUUUCCUCGCAAUCGAGAUCCUCGAGUCCCACCAACUCAACAUCGCCGCCGCGAUCCACGCAGCCGAACACGCAGUCCUCGCCCUCCUCCCGUCCUUUGUCAUUUCUUCACCGGGCGACGUGCGUACGGAAUGCAAGGUCGCCAAGAAAGAACUCCGCCGUUCGCUCCAUCGCGCCAAUGACACCGAGCAGGAGAAGAUCAGGAAAAGUCUCCAGCCGCCGAAACGACAGCGCCCCGCUCGCCUUACGUUCUACGAUGCCAAGGGCGGGUCGUGUGGUUCUGGCAUUGCGAGUAAAGCAUUUGAGUUUAUCGGGUUGCUUUUACGUCGCGCUGUGGCGCGUAUCGAGGCCUGCGAUUGCCUUUCGCCGCAAGGGUGUGUUGAAUGUUGCUGCGAUGAGCGGUGCAAGGAGAUGAAUGUUGUGAUGAGUAAGGCUGGCGCCGGUGUUAUUUUGAGAUGCUUGCUUGGGUGGGAGGUUGAUGUCGAUGCUUUGCCGUGGGGCGAGGAACUGGAUGGCGAGGCGUUUGGCGCUGGAGAGCUGGCGGGUGGACUGGAGACGGUCAUUAAGGCGGGGGAUGUGCCAUGGAAAGCUGGCUGCCGUCCCGACAAUGGACAGUCGGAUCAUGUGGAUGUUGAUAGUGAAAAAGUGCCGUGA